ACCGUCGCUAGACAACCCACACAGCCGCCUGCUCGGAGAGGUAGCCAGCCGGCUAGGCUAAGAGCGGUUUCCGCGCAGCGGGUCAGAACCGAGCCCGAAUGGAGGCCAUCCGCCUCUCCGCUCCGAUUCUCUGCGGGACGGCGCCGGUUCUCCGCCGCGGGGGUUAAGCUGUGGAGGUGAGGCCGGGCUGGGGCGGUUCUGUGUUCGUGUCACGGUGUUUAGUGUGGUCGCAGCCCGUUUCUGAGGCGGGGAAGCCGGCGCUGGAGCUUCGACUGAGCGGUUACAAACAUCCGUGUUCCCACAUCUGACGAAAGGAAAGGAAGGAAAGACCGAGCCAUGUUCAGUCCAAAAGAGCUGGAAGGCGAGGUGGAUCACUCGUUCUUUGACAGUGACGGUGAGCCAGGAAAGACCAUCCACCAGGAUCCAGAGGAGAGACAGGGCGACCAAGUGAAGAACCCCAGUCAAACUGAAACCUCUCAGAUGGGCAGACAGACUAAAGACGGUGGAAGAGUGCAGGUAGAGGAAAAGGAGACCGAAAAAGACGCUGUUUUGAAAGCAGAAAGUUUGGAGGAAGUUUUUUCCAGCCUUCAGAUUCAGACUGAGUCCGUGGGUCAUUCUGACCGCACAAAGGAAAGAAAGGAGGACGAUUCCGAGAGCAGUGCUGUGAAGGAAAGGAGAGAGGCGGAGUCUGGAAGAGACGACUCGGAUGCUUCAUCCAGGAGGUCCUCACCGCCGCCCCGCUCUGAGAGCGGCCAGUCGGAUGACUCGUCCAGCGCCCGCUCCUACACCUCUGUAGAGCCGCAAUCUGAUUCGUCGGCUGAGGAGGGAGAGGAUGAUGACGGUGGAGUUCUAAAGGAUGAUGACGAUGAUGGAUACAGCGACACUGAGAGCGACAACAACAGAAGAGAGGAACCUCCAGAACCUCCACCCUCCAAACAUCCCUCAGAAGCCUACAGAAAGUCUUUAGGAAAGUUCCGGAGCCGUAGCCGUUCGUCGUCGUCCGAUCGGGAAAGCUCACUCGGCGGGGAUGGGGGAAGCCCGGCCCACUUGCACAAGCUCUCAGCCACCCAGGCGACCUCGUCGCCACGCCGACGGCCUCGUUCGGGUCCGGCCAAACAGAGAGAGAGAACUAAAGGUUCAGAAACGGCAGAGUCUGAGGACACGGUGACGGACGUUACUCCUCUCUCCACUCCUGACGUUAGCCCAGGACAGUCAUUUGACCUGACUCCACCCACUGAACCCUUGGUUACAGUUACUGCGCCACAGCGGCAGGACGUUACUGAGGAGCCGUCGGUUACCGAGGUGGACGCGGUGAGGAGGAAGAGCUCGGACACGGAUGGGGACGAGAGAUCUGCUGUGCUGAGUGCAGGCAGGCGGGUGGACAGCGUGUUGGUCAUCUCCAGCCCUAGCAGUGCGUCCAGCACCAGCUGCGGCGGCCGGCGCCGGAAGAACUUCUCUUUCACCGACGAAGAGGUGCGGCGGAUCGAGCGCGAAAACCAGCGCCUGCUGAGGGAGCUCUCGCGCUCCUCUCCACGCUCCCGCAGCGGCGGCUCUGCCCGCCGCAGUGCCCCACCCACAGCCCGCCUCUACCACAGCGCCCUCAACAGGCAGCGCGAGCAGCAGCGCAUCCAACGAGAGAACCUGGCCUUCCUGAAGCGUCUGGAGUCAGUGAAGCCCACUCCAGGAAUGACCCGAGCAGAGCAGCUAUCAGACUACCAGCGCCAGGCCGGGUACCUCGGAAUACCUAACCCACUUACGAGACCCACUUCAGGUACAAACACACCUGCCCCUCUGAAUCCUCACCUGAUUCUCAGCAGAGCCGUCUCGUCCUGCAGGUGCACUGCCAUUCGACGGCAGGGGAUCCAGACCCUGCAGUACAACCAGUCCUCUCAGAACCAGGCCCGAUACAGCGAAACCUAGCAGAACCACAGCCCCACGACCCGCUUGGUCCUGAUCCAGAACCGCAACCCCACAAUACACCUGGUCCUGAUCCAGAACCACAGCCCCACGACCUACCUGGUCUUGCUCCAGAACCACAGCCCCACGACCCAACUGGCCCUACUCCAGAACCACAGCCCCACGACCCACCUGGUCCUGAUCCAGAACCACAGCCUAUUAACUCCUAGCCUAGCCUAGUCCCAGUCUCCCAGUUACCCUUUCUUUCACUGGACAUUUUCUACAGCACAGAACCUGAAGGACUCUGAUGGACAACAGGACCACGUGAAUGUUCUAGGUAGGGCACUCUGCUGUCUGUUCAUCAGCUAAUUAUUGUUUUUUGUUCUCUUUUUUUGACACUGGUUGCUUUACAAGAGAAAACCUAUUCAUUUUAGCCAAGUUAAAACAUGAAAAAGCCAAAUCCUGGUUCUAAUCACUCGCCUCACUGUUCAGCUGAGCUCCUUUGCUGGCAGUGCCUAAACUCGGAAUCUGAUGCCAACCUACCGCCCAGUCCUUAAGGAGAAAUCCCACUGGUUUUUAAAGCUUCUUCAUAAUUCAGCAUUUACGGUGUAAACAGAGUCAUUCAGAGCAGUUUGGUGUGAAACCCUCUGAUAAACUUAGAGUCAGAACUGUUCACAGUGGUAGUGAUAGGAACCAGACGUCCAGAAGACUCGUGUGGGUUCUCUGGUGGUUCUGGAUGGUAAAUAAAAUGUCUAUAUCUGUGUUGUAGUCAUGGCGACGUCUGGUUCCCAUCACCACCACUGUAAAGACAUCUGAACCACUUCACACCAAACCCUUCACGAGUGGUCAUCGUAAGAUGGUAAUAAUAAUAAUAAAUAUAAUAAUAAUAA